AUGUCUAACGCCGGGAUACUGGAUAUAUGUCCCUGUCUCUCAUUGACAUUCCGUGAUCGAACGAAUCUGAUCCGUUUCUCAAACGAAGAAAAAGAUAUCGACAAGCUUGAUUCCUCCAACAACUGGUCCUUCAAGGUUAGUUCGACUGGAGACAAGUAUCUAGCUCACGAAUGCUAUAUAACCAGCAGCGAGAACGUUCAAGCACACCUCCAUACAUCACUCUUUCUCGAGAAGAAAAGAACCACCACAGUCCUCCUCCAGUCUCGAUAUCGGGUGGAGUUCCCUGCCUAUUCUAAGAGUCUUCUUACCCUUGGCUCCCCGAUAUUCGCCUGUCCACAUAUCAAUCUAUUGUCCUUUAUCGGAUCUAAGCAGGCGAAAGAAAAAGGAGGAUACGAGUGUCUGUCCUGCCAGACAGUCUUUCGAAUUGUAUUCGAGCCUCCCCUCGAGACCCUAUUCGACAGACCCCUCGAGACCCCUGUAGAGGCUCUGAUCGAUACCUUGCUCGACAGCUUACUUGAUACGUCUAGUUCUCCGGAGGUGGUCGUUGUGGAUGUCACUCGUCCGCUGGGGGAGAAAGGCUGGCCGGCAGAUGAACAUUGGUAUAGACAGUCUCGUAUAAGAAAGGAGAUGCCGUCAAAUAGAAGUGGUGCUAUAGAAGGUCAUGGGUUCUAA